GACGCAGGAGAAUUGCUUAACCCAGGAGGCGGAAGUUGUGGUGAGUGCAGAUCGCACCAUUGCACUCGAGCCUGGGCAACAAGAGUGAAACUCCAACUCAAAAAAGAAAAAAAAAAGAGUGUUCUCCCUAAACCAGCACCUCCUCUGCAGUAUCCUCUGACCUAGACUCUUACUUUUAGUUUUGUCAGUUUCCUUUGGAGAGUGAGAGCUGCCCUGUGGUACAGACUGAGACCCCAAGCUCAGGGGCCCCUCAUUUACCUGACUACUUCAGCUGCAAGUGAGAGAGUUGGGCAUCUUAUCCCUGGCCUAAUAGUGGGCACCUUGUCACUGGUCUAAUGGGUGCUCAGAGCUCUGGUGUGGAAUGGGCACCUUCCCCAAAUCCAGGAGGCCCAGCACCUGGGCCAAGGUGAGGAUCAGCCCACCUCCAACCUCCAGCAGCUGGGAGAGUGGGUAGGGGUGGCACAAAACAGAACUAAACCUUGGGGGAGUGAUCAGAAUGAGCUUGUGUCUUCUCUCAUUCAUUCCAUUCCUUCAUUCAGAUAUGAAACUUUUGUGGCACACCUGGUAGGCCCCAAGGGUACAGGGUACAGACACAUACAAAAUACAGCCUCUGUUUUUAACAGCAGUCAAAAAGCAAGCAAUGAGAACUAAUGAUAACUUCCAGAGUACUCACAAUAUACCAGGCACCGUUUAAAGCACUUUCCUUUACAGUCUCUGUGAAGUCUCACAACUUUAUGAGGUAGGUACUAUUCUCAGCCUGUUUCUCAGGUGAGGAAAGUGGGGCUCAAGAGGGAUUAUGUGUGUGAUCUGAGAAACCAACACAGAUGUCUCUUUAUCAACUAAGAUGGACCUUAAGGUUAAAGAAACAACAGUGACUUAUGGCUCAAGUUGAGCGUUCAGCAAAGCUGGCAUGGCAACACCCUAAAUUCCUACAGCUGCAAGAGAAAACAUACUCUUGCCAAACUCCCUAACAAUAGGAUCUAUCAGGCAAAUUAUCAGACCCUUCCAACUCUGAUUUACAUCCAGACCACUAUAACUCUAAGUGGAGAGAAGACUGGCCUGAUAAACAUUCUUUUUUGAUAAAGAACUGCAGACCUUAAGCCAGUUUCAGCUAGCUUCAGGCUGCCCGCAAACUGUGUCCAUAAGUUCACCUUUUGAUAUAAAGAGCCAAGUUUCACCUCAUUUUAAUAAUCCCACCCCAAAGUGAACAUGGGCUGUAUGUUACAUACAUGUUUACCUGUCGUACAUGCUCUUGUCUCUAUAAAUGUGUAUAAUUUCCCCCCAAACCUGCUGUAUAUAUAUGAUGCUAACCUUACGAGACAUAGAACCCAACAUACCCUUCCCCUCUUCAGAGAGCACCUUCCUUACAUGCCGGAGACUGUUGCUUCAAAGUUUGCAAACCGAUGUCACCAGUAAGGUUCUCCUUUUGUAAUGGAACAGAGGCUCUGCUGCUCGCUGUUUGCAAAGCCAGUAACAGGGACAAAGUACAUUAUAAGUGACUAUUUCCAAAGCUAGCAGUGGGGAAACAUACAGGCACACCCUUCUAGAAACCACUUCAAAACUCUGGGCUGAGGGCAGGGGUUUUAGAUAGGUAAGCUGGAUGUGGGAGGCAUGCAGGAGCUGUGCAGGGUGCAGGGGCUGUGUGUCUUGCUCUGAUGCUACUCUUGAAUUAUGGUCCACCUGGAGUACAGGCUGGUGCCAUCUUGACAGUGGCCAGGCUGUAGAUGAUCCAUCUCAAGGCAAUCUUUAAGUGGGGGAGAAUGCUGUAGCUGUGCCCUCAUGCCUGGUUUGUUUUAAAUUAGCCCCUGGAAUUUCUUAACAAGCACAGAGUUCAGUAAAUGUGCAUGGAAUAGGAGUGUAUGGUGGAGAGGGAAGGGAAUGGAGUUUCAAAGUAUAUUUCAAGGGUAUAUUUUAAGACUAAGGAAGAAAGGUUUCUACAGUUUUUUUCAAGGUUACAUCUUGAGAUGGGGAAGAAAGGAAAAAAGUUUUAAAAUGCAUUUUGAAGCUAAGCUCCUUGGUUACACUUGCUGCUAUUUAGCCAUCCUGGUGGUCUUUUGAAUGGCAGGUGAUUUUGCUGAAGAUGCAGUGGAAUUUGAGCUGGUAAUGUGGCUCCAGAGUUCAGGUGCUUAAACACCACAUUCUACUGCCUUCCAAGACCCUGUGGGUUAAUAAGGGAGGCAGAGAAGUAAACAGCCACUUUCAGUUGGAAGUCAUACACGUUAGGAGUGCAGGAAGCAUGGACAAGAAGGUUGGAGGAUGUGGGGGUGGGAGUCAGGGUGGGGAUGACAACCACUCUGAAUAUAAUCAGACCAGCAGAAAUUACUAGGUGAAAUGGAGAAGAGAAACUCAGAGAAUGUGGGAGAUGAGAGGUUGACAUGACCAUGGAGAGGAGGACAUGGGUGGGCUGGGGCUGGAACCUUGAGGAUUUUAGUGCCAAGUGAGUCUGAAUCUGUCCAGACAGUGAUAGGAAGCCAUUGCAGGAGAUUUUUAGGUUGGCAUAUGCAGUGGCAUAAUCACAGCUCACUGAAGUCUCCAUCUCCUGGCCUCAAGUGAUCCUCCCACCUCAGCCUCCUGAGUAGCUGGGACUACAGGUGUGUGCCACCACACCCAGCUGAUUUUACCUUUUUUUUUUCUUUUAAAUAAACACAGUGGGGGCUUUUCAUUCUACCCUCAUCUUGGCUUCAUUUUAUCAGUUUCUUGAACAGAAGAGAGCACUGGGGUUAUAUCCUGAUGGGAGAAUGCUUAAAUGUUCUGCUCCCCAAAAUGCAUAAUGGCUGCAUUCGGAGGCUGUUGGAGGACAGCCUCUCCCGCCCUGGGCCACGGGAGUCCUGUCAAUCCUACUGAAGCUCCUGAAGUUCCAAGUGACUUCAGUGUCCAAGGAGUGAGGAAUCCUGAAAUGACUUCCCCACAUCCCAAGAUAGCUGGACCCAGGAGAAUGUUUUAUUCAUGUAUUUUAGAACUGAAUCUACUUUGAUAAAUUUUGAAGAGAAACAGCCAGAGAGAUCUUGGCACUAAAUUAUGUAUCAGUGAUGCUCCAUCCUUUCCAAGGUCAGGAGAACCUCUGCUAAGCAUUAGCUGAAGGUGUUUCUUCGCCCUUAGCAUCGCCAUUAGGCAGCAUGGCUAUGCACCAUUAUGAGUCAUAUCGAGUUGGGAGUUAAUUUCCUAAUGAAUGUGGACAAAUGGGUGAACCUUGGCUCCCUUCCAACUGCAUUGGAUGAGAUGAGAGAUGUGCCUCUCAAUUUGAUUCUCCGAUAAGAGAUGAAGACUUAGUCUCCUUUAUUUGUCUUUGCUGCCCUUCCAGAAUCUGGUACUCAGUAGUGCAGCAGGACCAUGGUUGGCCUUAGAACCCAUCAGCCCACCUCCUCCUGCCUUCUUUGUAUGGACAACUGAGGCUCUUCAUCUCAACAUCAAGAGCAAAAGCAAAUCCUUGAGCUCGAUUUGAUUGUCAGAGAUGAAGAUGGAAAUAUCCUGGACCCUGAUAAUACCAGCGUCAUCAGCUUGUUCCAUGCACAUGAGGAAGCAACUGAUAAAAUCACAGAGCGUAUCAAAGAAGAAAUGUCAAAAGACCAGCCAGAUUAUGGAAUGUAUUCCCGGAUCUCCUCAUCCCCCACCCAUAGCCUCUAUGUCUUCGUGAGAAACUUUGUGUGCCGAAUUGGGGAAGAUGCCGAGCUCUUCAUGUCUCUCUAUGACCCCAACAAGCAAACAGUCAUAAGUGAGAACUACCUGGUGCGAUGGGGCAGCCGGGGCUUCCCUAAGGAGAUUGAGAUGCUCAACAACCUGAAGGUGGUCUUCACGGAUCUUGGAAACAAAGACCUCAACAGGGAUAAAAUUUACUUGAUUUGUCAAAUAGUUCGGGUUGGGAAGAUGGAUCUUAAGGAUACUGGUACAAAGAAGUGCACACAGGGACUGAGGAGGCCCUUUGGGGUGGCAGUUAUGGAUAUAACAGACAUCAUCAAGGGGAAAGCAGAGAGUGAUGAAGAAAAGCAGCACUUCAUUCCUUUUCACCCGGUUACAGCUGAGAAUGACUUCCUACACAGCCUGCUGGGCAAAGUCAUAGCCUCCAAGGGGGACAGUGGAGGGCAAGGCCUCUGGGUGACCAUGAAGAUGUUGGUGGGUGACAUCAUUCAGAUCCGCAAGGACUAUCCACACCUGGUGGACAGGACCACCGUAGUGGCCAGGAAGCUGGGCUUCCCAGAGAUCAUCAUGCCAGGGGAUGUCAGGAACGACAUCUACAUUACUCUCUUACAAGGUGACUUUGACAAGUACAACAAGACCACACAGAGGAAUGUGGAAGUGAUCAUGUGUGUGUGCGCGGAGGACGGGAAAACGCUGCCCAAUGCAAUUUGCGUGGGAGCUGGGGACAAGCCCAUGAAUGAGUAUCACUCCGUCGUGUACUAUCAAGUCAAACAGCCACGCUGGAUGGAAACAGUCAAGGUGGCUGUCCCCAUUGAAGACAUGCAGAGGAUCCAUCUGCGAUUCAUGUUUCGACACCGGUCAUCUCUGGAAUCUAAAGAUAAAGGAGAAAAGAACUUUGCCAUGUCCUAUGUGAAGCUGAUGAAAGAAGAUGGGACUACUCUACACGAUGGAUUCCAUGACUUGGUUGUCCUCAAGGGGGACAGCAAGAAGAUGGAGGAUGCCAGUGCAUACCUGACCCUUCCUUCCUACCGACACCAUGUGGAAAACAAGGGGGCCACCCUGAGCCGGAGCUCCAGCAGCGUUGGGGGGCUUUCUGUCAGCUCCCGGGAUGUGUUCUCCAUUUCCACCCUGGUGUGCUCCACCAAGCUCACUCAGAAUGUGGGCUUGUUGGGUUUGCUGAAGUGGCGUAUGAAGCCUCAACUGCUACAGGAGAAUUUGGAAAAGUUGAAGAUUGUGGAUGGAGAAGAAGUGGUGAAGUUUCUCCAGGAUACUCUGGACGCCCUCUUUAACAUCAUGAUGGAGCAUUCUCAAAGUGAUGAGUAUGACAUCCUCGUCUUUGAUGCCUUGAUCUACAUAAUAGGACUCAUUGCAGACCGGAAAUUUCAACAUUUCAACACCGUUCUGGAGGCUUACAUCCAACAGCAUUUCAGUGCAACCUUGGCUUACAAGAAAUUGAUGACAGUACUGAAGACUUACUUGGAUACCUCCAGCAGAGGGGAGCAAUGUGAGCCAAUCCUAAGAACCUUGAAGGCUUUGGAAUAUGUGUUCAAGUUCAUUGUUCGGUCAAGGACAUUAUUUUCACAGCUUUACGAAGGCAAAGAACAGAUGGAGUUUGAAGAAUCCAUGAGACGGCUCUUUGAGUCUAUCAACAAUCUGAUGAAAAGUCAAUACAAAACUACCAUCCUUUUGCAGGUGGCGGCUUUGAAAUACAUCCCAUCUGUCCUGCAUGAUGUAGAAACGGUCUUUGAUGCAAAGUUACUCAGCCAACUCCUGUAUGAAUUCUACACCUGCAUCCCUCCUGUGAAACUCCAGAAGCAGAAAGUACAGUCUAUGAAUGAGAUAGUCCAGAGCAACCUCUUUAAAAAGCCAGAAUGCCGGGACAUUCUGCUUCCUGUCAUCACCAAAGAGCUGAAGGAGCUGCUGGAGCAGAAGGAUGAGAUGCAGCACCAGGUCCUGGAGAAGAAGUACUGCGUUGAAUUGCUCAACAGCAUCCUGGAGGUCCUUAGCUAUCAGGAUGCGGCCUUCACCUAUCACCACAUCCAGGAGAUCAUGGUCCAGCUGCUGCGGACAGUGAACCGGACAGUCAUCACCAUGGGCAGGGAUCAUGUUCUGAUCAGUCACUUUGUGGCCUGUAUGACGGCCAUCUUAAACCAGAUGGGUGACCAGCACUACUCCUUCUACAUUGAGACCUUCCAGACCAGCUCUGAACUUGUGGACUUCCUGAUGGAGACCUUUAUCAUGUUCAAGGACCUCAUUGGGAAGAAUGUGUACCCUGGAGACUGGAUGGCCAUGAGCAUGGUUCAAAACAGGGUCUUCCUGAGAGCUAUCAACAAGUUUGCAGAAACCAUGAACCAGAAGUUCCUGGAGCACACGAACUUUGAGUUCCAACUGUGGAACAACUAUUUUCAUCUGGCAGUGGCUUUUAUCACCCAGGAUUCUCUGCAGCUGGAGCAGUUCUCGCACGCCAAGUACAACAAAAUCCUGAAUAAGUACGGGGACAUGAGACGUCUCAUUGGCUUCUCCAUCCGUGAUAUGUGGUACAAGCUUGGUCAGAACAAAAUCUGCUUCAUCCCAGGCAUGGUGGGACCUAUAUUAGAGAUGACACUUAUCCCUGAGGCUGAGCUGCGGAAAGCCACCAUACCAAUCUUCUUCGACAUGAUGCUGUGUGAAUAUCAAAGAAGUGGGGAUUUCAAAAAGUUUGAAAACGAAAUCAUCCUGAAGCUGGACCACGAGGUGGAAGGGGGCCGGGGCGAUGAGCAGUACAUGCAGCUGCUGGAGUCAAUCCUGAUGGAGUGUGCAGCAGAGCACCCGUCCAUUGCCAAGUCAGUGGAGAACUUCGUGAACCUGGUCAAAGGCCUCCUGGAGAAGCUGCUGGAUUACCGGGGCGUGAUGACGGAUGAGAGCAAAGACAACCGCAUGAGCUGCACUGUGAACCUGCUGAAUUUCUACAAAGAUAACAACAGGGAGGAAAUGUACAUAAGGUACCUGUACAAACUCCGCGAUCUUCACCUGGACUGCGAGAAUUACACAGAGGCUGCCUACACGCUCCUUCUCCACACCUGGCUUCUCAAGUGGUCAGAUGAACAGUGUGCAUCGCAGGUCAUGCAGACAGGCCUGCAGCAUCCCCAGACACACCGGCAGCUCAAGGAGACACUCUACGAGACCAUCAUAGGCUACUUUGACAAAGGAAAGAUGUGGGAAGAGGCCAUCAGUCUGUGCAAGGAGCUGGCGGAACAGUAUGAGAUGGAGAUCUUUGACUAUGAGCUGCUCAGCCAGAACCUGAUCCAGCAGGCAAAAUUCUAUGAGAGCAUCAUGAAAAUCCUCAGGCCUAAACCAGACUACUUUGCUGUUGGGUACUAUGGCCAGGGAUUUCCCUCUUUCCUGCGGAACAAAGUGUUCAUCUACCGAGGGAAGGAGUAUGAGCGAAGAGAAGAUUUCCAGAUGCAGCUGAUGACCCAGUUCCCCAACGCGGAGAAGAUGAACACCACCUCUGCCCCUGGAGAUGAUGUGAAGAACGCUCCAGGCCAGUACAUCCAGUGCUUCACUGUCCAGCCUGUCUUGGAUGAACACCCCAGGUUCAAGAAUAAGCCAGUGCCUGACCAGAUUAUAAACUUCUACAAAUCCAACUACGUGCAAAGAUUCCACUACUCCCGACCCGUGCGCAGGGGGACCGUAGACCCGGAGAAUGAGUUUGCCUCGAUGUGGAUUGAGAGAACCUCCUUCGUGACUGCGUACAAGCUGCCGGGGAUCUUACGCUGGUUUGAGGUGGUGCACAUGUCGCAGACCACAAUUAGUCCUCUGGAGAAUGCCAUAGAAACCAUGUCCACGGCCAAUGAGAAGAUCCUGAUGAUGAUAAACCAGUACCAGAGUGACGAGACCCUCCCCAUCAACCCGCUCUCCAUGCUCCUGAAUGGGAUUGUGGACCCUGCUGUCAUGGGAGGCUUUGCCAAGUACGAGAAGGCCUUCUUCACUGAAGAGUACAUCAGGGACCACCCUGAGGACCAGGACAAGCUGACCCACCUCAAGGACCUGAUUGCAUGGCAGAUCCCCUUCCUGGGAGCUGGGAUUAAGAUCCACGAGAAAAGGGUGUCAGAUAACCUGAGACCCUUCCAUGACCGGAUGGAGGAAUGUUUCAAGAACCUGAAAAUGAAGGUGGAGAAGGAAUAUGGUGUCCGAGAGAUGCCUGACUUUGAUGACAGGAGAGUGGGCCGCCCCAGGUCCAUGCUGCGCUCAUACAGACAGAUGUCCAUCAUCUCUCUGGCUUCCAUGAAUUCUGACUGCAGCACCCCCAGCAAAACCACCUCCGAGAGCUUUGACCUGGAAUUAGCACCACCUAAGACUCCAAGAGUGGAGCAGGAGGAGCCGAUCUCCCCAGGGAGCACCCUGCCUGAGGUCAAGCUGCGGAGGUCCAAGAAGAGGACGAAGAGAAGCAGUGUAGUGUUUGCGGACGAGAAAGCAGCCGCCGAGUCGGACCUGAAGCGGCUUUCCAGGAAACAUGAGUUCAUGAGUGACACCAACCUCUCGGAGCACACGGCCAUCCCCCUCAGGGCGUCCGUCCUCUCUCAAAUGAGUUUUGCCAGCCAGUCCAUGCCUACCAUCCCAGCCCUGACGCUCUCCUUGGCAGGCAUGCCUGGGGUGGACGAGGCCAACAUAUCCCCCCGCCUCAGCCAGACCUUCCUCCAUCUCUCAGACAGUGACAAGAAGACACUCAAACGGAAGAAAGUCAAUCAGUUCUUCAAGACAAUGCUGGCCAGCAAAUCAGCUGAAGAAGGCAAACAGAUCCCAGACUCGCUGUCCACGGACCUGUGAGCUGCUGCUGACUAGGGCUGCAUGGGAGAGCCAGGGAGGGGAGUUUCCGGAAAAAGAGAACCAUGGGUGCAACAUCAAAGCCUCAGAGAGUUGGAGACUGUCCCCAUCAGUUGUUCUCACUUAGAGGAGACACAGGGGCCAAUCAGGUCCCAGAGCUUGAGUGUAACAAGCCCAACAUCCCCUGGGGCAGUGAUGGUGGUGAAUGAAGAAGCCUCAACAUAGAUUCUUGAAUGCAAGGAACUGGCAAGAAUGCCUUCUCCCAGUGUGCUCUCCCCAACAUCCUAGCCACAGCUUUCGUAGCCCAGUUUCUUAGGUGUAAGAAACUUUCAUUUACUGAGUCCCAGACCUUAACAGAAAAUGAAGUCUUUUAAAUAUUCUUUUUAAUUUUAUUUUAGAUUAACAGUUUUGUACUUUACAUUUUUUAAUACAACCAACCAGUUUCUUUUCUAGCUGAUCAUCUCCAAAGUGUUGCUGUUUCUUACUGACAAUAAAAAUGGUCCCUUGGUUCGA